AUGGUUACGGUCGCUUACGCACAUCUUAGUGUCUAAGUAGUUAAGAAUUUUUCGCGAAAUUUCUAGAAGAUGGCUGUCGACAUUACGCGAGAGAAGGAUGGAGGAGUCCUCAAGGAAAUCAUCAAGGAGGGCACUGGAGAUGAUACUCCAGGAGUUGGAAGCUUUGUUAAAGUGCAUUACACUGGCACUCUGUUAGAUGGCACUAAGUUUGACUCAAGUAAAGACAGAAAUGAUCCAUUUGAAUUUGAUCUGGGCAUGUCACAAGUUAUCAAGGCGUGGGAUGUUGGUGUCAGGACCAUGAAGAAGGGAGAAGUGGCAAUACUAACUUGUGCACCAGAGUAUGCCUAUGGAGCAGUUGGCAGUCCUCCGAAAAUUCCUCCCAAUGCAACUUUGAAAUUUGAGAUUGAAAUGAUUGACUGGAUUGGAGAAGAUAUUACCCCUGAGAAAGACAAGGGUGUUACAAGAGAUCAAAUCAAGGAAGGUGAAGGAUUCUUAACGCCAUCAUCUGGUGGAUUAGUUGAUGUUCACAUUACUGGAACUUACAAUGGUCGAGUUUUUGAUGACAGAGACGUGAAAUUUACGAUGGGAGAAGGUGAAGCUGAGAACAUUGUUAGUGGUAUUGAAAUAGCCUUAGAGAAAUUCAAGAAGGGAGAGAUCUCGAUUUUGAAAAUAAAAAGCAAGUACGCUUUUGGUAAAACUGGCAGUGAAGCAUUUAAUAUUCCGCCGAAUGCCGAUAUAGAGUACAAAGUUGAACUGAAGAAUUUGGAAAAAGGCUUGGAUGUUUGGUCUCUUGACGAGCCUCAGAAGGUUGAGCAAGCCAAAAUGUUCAAAGACAAAGGAACAAACUAUUUUAAGGACAAUAAAAUUAAUUUAGCUAUCAAAAUGUACCAAAAAGCCAUUGAGUACAUAAAUACUGACUAUGGCUACAACGAUGAAUUGUUAAAAGUGAGAAAUAGCCUUUUACUCUCUUGUAAUUUGAAUCUCGCGCUGUGCUUCCUCAAGAACAAGAGUCCCUUUGAAGCCAAGGAAGCUGCCACCAAAGCCUUGGAAGUGGAUCCUAAGAAUGAAAAGGCUCUUUUCAGAAGAGGACAGGCCUUGUUAGAUUUAGCAUUGGCUGAGCUCGCUGUCAAAGACUUUGAAGAGGUCUUGAAAAUCGAGCCUAAAAAUACAGCCGCGGCGAAACAAGCACUUGUUUGCAAAAAUAUGAUCAAAAAGGACUUGGCCAAAGAGAAAAAGUUAUAUGCAAAUAUGUUCGAAAAGUUUGCAAAAGAAGAUCAACAGAAAGAGGAAGAGGAAAAAAGCAAGUUGCCGGACGUGAUGCGUGGCACGCUUGGUGAAUGGUGCCAAGAGGAGCGACCAGGAGGCCGUGAUGCCACAGCUUUCGAGAAGGAAAACCCUAACAUACUGAUGCUCAAUGCCAAUGGCACUGGUGAAUUCAAGAACAUGUGAAUGUACUAAACUGCCCUUCCCGUCAAUCAAAUUUCUUCCUAUUCAAAGUGGACCUACAUGACUGAAUGAUCGUUCAUUAUUUGAAAAAAUUCAACAUAACUCACAAUUAUCAGCGUUUUUAUAUAGUUGCCGUUUAAAAAAAAAUUAUUAGUUUUGUUGCUAAUCGCUUGAACGUUAUUGCAUUUAUAAUAAUUAAUUUUAGUUAUCUUCUAAAAGGGUAAUUUUAAAAGUCUUACUGAAUUUUGGUAUUUAUACCAAAAGUAUCAUUUUCGUAUUGAAAACAAAAUCUCAACUUAGUUUUCUACAGUUUCUCGUAUAUUCCAUGUUCUGGAAUAGAAAAAAAAUAAUUUGUGCAGUCAAGCAUUUCCAUGUGAGACAACGCAAUACAGUGUAAACACAGUUGUGAUGUGUUAAAAUCACUUAUCAA